AUGGUUCAAUCGCUGUCGUCUCGCAACAGCGACAGCAGCCUGCCGACGCGCGGCGACCAAAGCGGCGAGGCAGACGAUGACAGCGAGGCGGUCUGGUCCGACCUGCAACUAGCCUCCGCUGCGGGCGACGUUGACCUCGUGUCAUCCCUCCUGUCGAGCGGCGCCGGCCCCAACGAGCCCCCCGUCGGCUACUACGGCCGGACGGCGCUGCAGGCGGCGUCGCUAGCCGGCCACCUCGCCGUGGUUGACGUGCUGCUCGGCCACGGCGCCAGCGUCGACACGCCCGGCGGCAACAACAGCGGCCGCACCGCCCUGGCCCUCGCGGCCGAAGGCGGCCACCUUCCCGUCGUCGACGUGCUACUCGCCCACGGCGCCGACAUCAACCGCCCGGCGUCGCGCUACAACGGCCGCACCGCGCUGCAGGCCGCCGCCGAAGCCGGACACCUGGCCGUCGUGGAGCGGCUGCUCGCGCAGGGCGCCGAGGUCAACGCGCUGCCGUCAUACAACCACGGCCGCACGCCGCUGCAGGCCGCUGCCGCGUCGGGCCACGUCGCCAUCGCCGAGCUGCUGCUGUCGCGCGGCGCACACGUCAACACCAAGCUGCAGCGCUAUAAGGGCCUGACGGCGCUGCAGGCCGCCGCGCUCGCCGACAGCGCGCCGCUGGUCGCGCGACUGCUGGCCCUCGGCGCCGACGUCAACGCCGCCGGCAGCUACUACAACGGCUACACGGCGCUCUGUGCGGCGGCCGAGGCCGGCAGCGAGCCCGUCGUCGAUUUGCUCUUGGCUGCCGGCGCCGACGUGUCCAUGACCGCCGGCAACAAGCACUGGACGCCCUGGCGGUUUGCGGUCGCAUGGGGUCAUGAUCGGGUGGCUGAGAUGCUCAAGGCCGCCGAGGGCAAAGACACUGUUGCAGAGUGA